UAUUGCUGCUAUUUGGCGCGUGAAUCGAAUUUAGGGGUGGUUACUAAGGAAGACAGGCUCGAAGAUGUUUCGCGCAAAAGCUUUGAAACAGGUUGGUCGAAUGAUCGCAAGAUGCGAGUCACCAGCAAAUGAGUUACAGAGGAGAGGGAAAUGUCUCAACAGUGUGCAACUGAUUGGAUACACUGGAGCUGAUCCUCAGAGUUUUGGUACUGAUUCUCACUCAGGAACAAGGCUAAGCCUAGCUACUACCAGCUAUUACAGAACCAAGGAUGAUAAACUCCACAGUAAGACAUCGUGGCAUAACAUUUCCGUCUUCAAACCCAGUCUACAAGAAAAGGUCAACCUACACGUGAGACGAGGGUCAAGAUUGUUUGUGCAAGGUUCCCUAGAUUACACCUCCUAUGUUGAUCAAGAUGGGCAAAAGAAGUACAGCACCUCCAUCAUUCCAAAUGACAUCAUUAUUCUGAACAGUCGACCCAGUCCAGAAGAAGAGGAAGAUUUCUAGUGUAGCUUUUAGCAAAAUUUGUAAGUCAGUACCCUUCAACACUCAUCUUGAAACCAAGUAGGACUUUACUUAAUGAAAUUUCAGGGGCGGAUCUACCUUUUCGCUAAAGGGGGGUUUGGCUCAGUAACAAAGGGGGAGGGGGUAAUAUUUUUUUAUUACAUAUGGCUUUCUGACAGGCCAAAGGGGGGUUUAAACCCCCUAAACCCUCCCCCUAGAUCCGCUACUGACUUUAGGCAAAAUGUUUGGGUUGAUAAUACCAUGUUUAAAGAACUUCAACAUAAAUUCAACUUUACCUUAGAAGUAACAAAACAGUGUCUAAUUAAAGAAAUUUGUCAUUGCA